CGUUUUCCUUUUCUUUAAAACAAAAGCCUUUAAAACUGAGACCGAUAUUCCAGUAUUCCUUGGAGACCAAGGAACAGAGGAAGACUGGCUCUGAUACCAAAAUGAAACACCCUAACCCGGCCGGGUACUACUUUUACUAAAAUGCCCUUGAUAAAUAAAAUACUCAAAUCUUAAAUUUCAACUAGGAAACAAUUUUCAUAAAUAAAAUACUGAAAACACACACUUGUAGCUCAGAGCCAAGCCCUAACACUUGGGCAAAUUAAACUCAAACUUUAAAAUCUCAAUCUGAUCUCAAAAUAAUCUCCAGUCUGUACUCAUAAUCAUAAAUGUAAUUAACUAAUAAACUCUGGAGUUGUUGCUACUGAAAACCUUGACUAAGCAUCCUCGGUGACGCUUAUACUGCUCUCCUCUAGCUGGCUGCCCUCGAACUCGCUGCCCACUAAAUGUUCCUCUAGCUCUUCAAACUGGUGAGUGAGAUGGGGUCAGUCUACGCCCUUACGCUUAACAUCUUAUUAAUGCUUGAUCACUUUACAUAACUAAGUGGAAGUUGUUUGGUAUUUCCACUAUUAAAAAGCUUAACUCUUAAAACUGUAUGGGAGUUACUGUUACUCCAUUCUUAAAUCUCAAAGCUUGACUUAAAUACCUGACCAACAUUGGGAUCCCUCACUAGCUAGUCCGGUUGCCUACUCAUACGUAUGAGAAGCCAUCACGGCUUUCCUUAAACUUAGUUAGGGAAGUCGUAACGAUUCAUCCCCCUAACAUCUUAAACUUAUCGUGGUGGCUCUUCACCACGAUUCUCAAGAGCAUAACUGCUGCUCAUCUUAAAAGUCUCAAGAGCAUAACGGCUGCUGUCUCAAAGAUCUCCAGAGCAUAACUGCUGCUCUAUCUGAAAAUCUCAAAUGGCAACGGACUGGCGCUAGCGACUAAAAACACUUAAAACGACUUCACCUUCUUGAAGGUGAGUUACUUCUUAAAAAGACCUUGAUUCUUAAACCUUAACAACUUAUACUCUUAAAAUUUCAAAGUAGGAAAUAACCAUUCACUUCAAGUCAUAACUCAAACAAGGCACAUAUCAUUAACCAUAACCAGACAAUCUCAAACAUGAAUCAAAUACUGCACAUACAUCACGUAAAGCAAAUACUCGAAAAUACUCAAGGCAAUUACUUGAAAAAUCGUAAGGCGUAGAAUUUACCCCCUUUACACUCACCUUAUUAUCCAAGCCGAUUGACUUGAAUCAAAAUCCACACUAACUGCUCGAUAGUUAGACCUAAGGUUUUCACCCUUAUUUGACACGUCCAAGCAAGGUUGCCUCAAAUCAGAGCUCCUUUCUCGUCGACGAUGUUUGUCUCCCAAAGCCAUAGCGCCCAUUACGUAAACAUAUAUGUACCCUGAUCAAUAAGUGUAUCCAUGCCACCAUAUUCGGUACACGCUCUCAACCGCGAAACAUGGCAGCACAAAUGUGCCGAGAAGCCUCCUUGAUCUCUUGAGCUGCUGCUGGUAUCCUCGUCGAAUCCGGGGCUCUCAUCAUCCAACUUGUCCAGAAACGGAAACUUCCUGAACCCAUACUUGCGAGACCAAUAAGACAGGAAGAGGAAAGGAUGAUAGAACAAACACAUAGUGACAGCUGCACCACAGAGUCGCAAGGCCGCUGAUGCUCUUGAUCACAAUUAGCACAUAAAAGGAGAAAGUGGGAGACGAUCGGGUUGACAAUGGCGAUGAAUCGGAAAUUAGAUUCAGAUGGAAAUCUGACAGUUUUAGCUUGCAUUUUGGGUACUCUUGGAGACUCCCUCUUCUUUUAUUAUUUGAGAGAAAUCAAGUAGGCGGUGGGGUUUGUUUGCUAGGGGAUUAGGGUUUGUUUGCUGCUGGUAUCCCCGUUUUUUUAAAUAAUAAUAAUAUAGUAAUUAUAGUUAUUAUUAUUAUUAUUCCUAAUCUGCGGUUGCAAUCCUUAGUACGUAACCGUUAAUCCAACCGUUCACGUAUCAUGGUCGAACCUGAAACCCAAAGGUACUGAUGUUGAUUAUGAAUGAAAUAUCCUCAAAUCUGGGUUCGAAAUGGGAGAACUGCAUGGAGAUGAGUUGGGCAAAAUCGGUCCUAUAAUUCAUCGGAUUCUCACUUGACGCCCGCGCUGGAUUGCCUGAUGGACAUGACGGUUUCCGCCGAUGAGGCUACAAAGAGAGUAACGGAGAUAUGAUUCUAUGAUGAUUCCUACAAAAAGCUCAGAUUCCGACGUUGUCGUAAGGAGGAAUAGCGGCGGUCGCAUAAUUUUUGGGAGAUUGACCGGCUGCGCAACAGAGGAAGGAUAAUCGAGAGUCGAGAAAAUGAGAACUAGGUGGAGGGUUUAUGGUACUAGUAUCAGAGCAAGAUGAUGUCCAGAGACGUUUAUGGUAAGGUGGGUUGCUAUUAUUUUUAUAAUUUUGAGUUUUUCUCCAGUGAAUAUAAGUAGAUAUAUCUAUUCAAUUGAUAUUAUUUUCUACAAAGUGUAAUUACAUUGGUUCACGAAUCACACAAACUUUAAAUUGUAGGAGCCAAUUGUCAAAACAUUGUAUAUAUAUAUAUAUUAUAAAAAAUAAUCUAUUAAUUAAAAUAAUAUAAUAUUGACGCUCUGUUUACGCUUUUAAUAUUGAAUUCUUCAUAAACUGACGCUCCGGCGCUCUCGUUCCCGCUCUUACUCUCGCUCCCGCUCCACGCUCUGGUUACCUAAGUUUUGGGGGAUCUUCUACGUACAAGGAGUAUGGAAUAUCGACCAAAUCAAAGGACGUCGUGGAGUGCACAAUGGAAAGAUGUUCUUGAAGUUUAUUCAUUGAUUACAUUACUUAAGUUCGACCUAAAUUCAAAAGUCAAUCGACCAGGAAGAAAGCUAAGUGUAAAUGGGGUAAAUUCAAUGCCUUACCAUUAAAUAAGUUAAAUAAGUUAAGGUGAAGAGAGUAAGAGAAAGUAAUAAGUAAGAACUAGAUAAGUAAUCUCGCUUAGCUAGCCAGGUUCAUGAGAGAUCACUACUGGAUAGCAAUACGUAACGCAGUAGUUUCUCGGACAUGGAACUGUACGAUGAUUCGUAAUGCAGUUUCCAUUGCCAAGUUUUAGUUAUUCAACCGGAUGGCGAUACAUAACGCGGUUGACAUACAUUAGUUUUGACACCAGACGGCGAUACGUAAAGUAGUACUCAAAACUCCAGUUUAAUGGGCACUCCAUUGUGAGGGUAGCCAUGGUUAAGUAAGUAAGGCAAGUAGUGGAGCCAACUAAGUCAAGGUAAGGACCCCGUUAUAAGAUAAAGGUUGUAAGGUAUUUAAGAAAGAGUAUUAAGUUACGUAAGUUUUUGAGUGUGGCGAGUAAUUCUAACUCACACGUACUUACGAAGUAAAGUUUAAAGAGUGUAAGUAAGAACAACUUCCACCCGUUUAAGUUGAGUAUCUUAAGUAAAGCUCUCAAUCACUAGAGAUUUUCAAACAUAAGGCCGUAGACUGACCUCAACUCACUCGCCAGUUUGAAGGGCAAGAGGAGGAGCUAGAGGAACAGUUCGAGAGAAAGCGUUUAACGACAGCUAGCUAGAGGAGGGCAAUACAAGUGUCACGAAGGAUGCCUAGUGAAGGCUUUUAGUAAGCAGCGUUAGAGACCAGUUAGUUAUUGCUUUUUAUGAUUAUGAGUAUAGACUGGAGAUCAUGUUUAAAUUUUAAGGAUUGAGUUUUCUCAAGUUUUAGGGCGUUGCUUUGAACUACAAGAAUGUGAUUUCAAUAUUUUAUUUAUGAAAAAAAUUUCCCACAGUUUUUAGUGUUUAUGGUUCCACCGAGAAUGGUCUCUCGGCCGACCGGAUUAAGUUCGGAGGGUUUGGGUUGCAAUCCUUAGUCGGCUAGUUGAGAGGUUUAUGUUUCCUAGCCUAUCGUUGUCACCUUUAGCCGAAGGUUUAAGUGAGUUCGCUUUCUAAAUUGUUGCAACGACUCUCAAUUAUCUAACUAAGAGAGUUAGGGAUCUCCUUGGUUGAUCAGUAAAGAGGGCUAGUCUCUCUAGCUAUGAAUCACAAUCUUUGACCUAAUGGUUAAGAGAGCUAGUUCCCCUAGCUUAUAUUUGUUGAUUUUCCUUCAUUGAUUGACUAAGGGAGUUUGUCCCUAGCUAGUUGUGCCCACCUCGUGGUGUAUGAGCACGCCCUUCACACGGGAGCUCGGUUUGUUGCUUCUUAGCAUGAGACUAGGGGGAGCAAUACUCAGGUAAAGUCCCCUCAAGUAGAAUUCUCCUUGAUUUCCUUUCCUGGUCUGUUCAUUUUGUAGUUUUCUUAGUUUUAAACCCAAAAAUAAACGUUUGCUAGAUAACAACUUAAGCGAUUGUAGUAGGGGUACAUGAUCGGCCCGGGUUGACAAUUUAAAUACUUGCUCUAUACUGCACCCGACUAGAGUUUAAAAAAAAUAUGGGCUCUAGUCGGGAUUAAUUUGUGGUGUAGUUACUCUAGCAUUUUCUAUCUUGCCUUUUUGUUUGUGUUUGUAUUUUGUGUUUCAUGUGUGUUUUGUUUACCACUCUUCGUUUUAAAGGGUGGUUUGUGUGUGUUUUGUUUUCCUUUUUAGUGUUUUUGUGAUUGUAGGCAUCGGAUCAUGGAUCCUUACAAUUUCACCCAUGUAUAGGGGUAUCCACCACCACCACCCAAGAGUGGUUACCCCCAGAACUUCAUGGGAUGAUCAUGAAGGGGGAAGUCAAGGGAUCGGAUUCUACUACCAACCUCCCCUCCAAGACGAGAAACCAUGCUCAUGGGGAUACCAAGAAGCUUUCCCUUAUCAAGAAGGUUUCCCUCCACAACUCGAGGUGAAAUCCAAGUUGGAGUUGGGCAUGGAGGCUUACAUGGGAGAAACCUCAAGAACAUGUGAAACUCCACAACCUGAGCCAAAGAGCAAAUUAGAGCUCAUGGAGGAGCAAUUUUCCCGGGGCACCAAUAAAGGGUGCUCUAGCAUAGACCUCCCAAGUGCCAACCAUUUCAUCUCAACCUUUCUUCAGGAAUCAGAGGAGCUCCUUCGACGCACGGAGAUGCUAGGAGGGCUUGUAGAGAAAGCAUAUGCACAACUUGCUCACAAUCGCCUCCUACCAUCGAAAGAAAGAGAGGAGGUCGAAUAGGCGAGCCAUGAGAAUUUUGGAAGAAUGAGCUCCGACAUGGAUUUCCAACCCGUCCCUCCUCCCGGAUUGACACUAGAAGAUAAGGUGGCACAAUCUUGUGCAAGCUAUCACCUUUUGACAUGCUAUGACACAACACAAAACUACGACCAAGUGUAAUCGUAUAAUGGAAAUGCAGUAUAGUGGAAUCAAGUAAUAAAUGUCAACCUAGGUCCUAGGUGUACUGCCUACUUCGUGAUUAUCUAUUAUCUAGCGGGACUAAGUGAAUGUAGGUGAGUUCAAAGUAAAGCGGAAAGAAAGCCGUAAAUUGUCC